AGGGGUAUGGAAGCAGACCGCCUUGCCCCAGUUUAGACCAAGUGUUUGAAGGGGAGACACCCAGAAGUCACCAAGAGAGGGAAGCAGCGCACCAUGUUUAGAAAGAUUCAUUCCAUCUUUCAGUCCAGUGCCCAGAGAAAGUCCCUGACUGAUGAAAGCUCGUACUAUGAUGGAACCAGCCCAACUGUAAGGCUGAUCCGCAGUAGCUCUGUGUACGUUGUAGGGGGCAAUGGGGAGAAAUUCAGUGAGUCCUUAAAAAAGUACAAAAGCACGACCAGCAUUGACACCAGCAUGUACUACCAGCACUACCAAGAGGACCAAGCCUGGUCCUACUGCCGGACUCAGGACUGCUUGCAAUACUUACAGGACCUGCUAGCCUUGAGGAAAAAAUAUCUUGACAGCCUCAAUGAUUUGAAGGCCAGUCGCUCCCAUGGGAUUUCUUCAACUUCUUCCAAAUCUUCCAAAGGAGGGAAAAAACCUUUGGCCCCAUUACAUCUUAAGGAACCCAAGAAAAUAGCAACAAAGAAAGCCCCACAUUUGAAUGCAGAUGUAAUGGAAGCUAUUGCUUUCUUUGAUUCCAUCAUUGCUGAACUGGAGACAGAGAAACGUCCCCGAGGUCCUGUGGCAGAGCCUGCAAAUGAAGACGUCGACUUUGAUGUGGCAACUAGCUCCCAGGAACACAGCUUGCACUCCAACUGGAUCCUUCGGGCUCCUCGAAGGCACUCAGAAGACAUCACAUCUCAUACCAUUCGAAUAGUGGAAAGUCAUCUUCGGAAAAACAUUGAGAGGAGAACCAUUAGCACUCAGAGGAGGCUGGAGAGGCAUCCCAUUUACUUGCCCAAGGCUGUGGAGGGUGCUUUCAGUACCUUAAAAUUUAAACCCAAAGCCAGUGAAAGAGACCUGGGCACCUCCAAGCAGAUUCUCUUCAGCCUCACUUGUGAAGAACCAGAAUGGGACAUGGAAUUCUCCCUGGAGUCAAUGGGAACACCAAGAGAAGAAAGCUACGUGCCAGAGGUCCCAUCUGGACAGUGGUUCCUUUCAGAAAGACCUUGGCAGCAGACUAUGUACUGAGACAGUUUGUACCCUUAGACCCUUUCCCCUGAGCUGGCCCAGUCCCUCAACUCUGUUUUGGAGAGAAACAAUUUGAUUCUCAACUCAGAGCAGUGUUUGACACAAUUUAAGACUAAAAUAUUUCUGCUUCUUAAAAAAAAAAUACCACCAAAAAACGUCCUGGGAUGGAGUUCCACAGAGCAGCCUGUCCUCUCUUCCCAAGGCUUUGUGCCUUCUUAUUGCCAAAUAGUCCUGCCUCAGUACCCCAAGAGUGGAUUAUAUAAUGAAAUCAAGGCUUUUGAGGAAAAUGACCUCAGGCACCUGGUUCCCUGAGGCCAGGCUGGGAUGCUUCCUAGAUCAGAAACCUCUCUUGUCACAAUCUUCAAGACUCACUGUUCUCAUUUAUUGUUCACUACACUGACCAUGUUUCCCUGUUCUGCCUAAUAACCUAAAGUAUCAGGUGUCCAAGUAGGUAUUAAUGGCAUCGACUGCGACAGAAUGCAGAGAAAGACACUUGCCUCUGAGCUGGUGAGAAAUAGUUCACUUCUGGUCCUCCAAACAAGUUUGCCAGGGCCUUCCCCUUCCCGUUGCCUCCCUACUCCCUGGCCAUGCACCCUGAGGGGCCUCCUGCUUUCCCAAGGCCCUUCAGCUCAGAGGUGGAAAAAUUGAGGAAAUAGUUAACCCUCAUAUUAUGAUCUCCUGCCAUUAUUUCUUCCUUCAUUCUAGUUCGAGUUCAAGGGAACACAGCCUUCCUGGAUGUUCCAAGGGAAGAAUCUGGGCAAAUUGUCACAAGAUUAGAAUAACUAUGCUUCUAUUUUGUACUGAAAGGUAGUUCUUUCAUUCUUUUCCAACUCCCAUGCACACUCCAACCCUCCCUGACUGGAUACUUGUGGUAGGAGAAAAUGAUGGAGGAGGACCAGUGGGAAGAAAGAUGUAUGUAUGCAGCCCACCUUAAUUAAGACUCCCAUCAGCCACAAAGAAGGGAAGGAAUUCAGCUUCUUAACUGCCUUUACCUCAGACUAGAGAAUAUACUUGGGCCUUUCUCUCCUCUUUCCUUUAUUUCUGCCCUGGGCACUGAGGCUGGGAACAGGGCAGAAGGUCUCUUCCUUAGUCUCCUUGGGGCCAAGUCUCUUUAGGGUGUUCCGACCACAGAAGUAGAUUCCUCAGGACUCUCCCAGGGUUCAAGUGAUACUGUGUUGACAUUAGCAAGGCUUUGUUUUUUAAAGUUUUCAUUUUGUGAAUGUAUGAUCUAAACACACUUCACCUUUUUGGGCACUAGUCUACAUUUCAAUUCUACGGCAGCCUUUGGCUUUUUAUACGCUUUCCAUUUGCAAGGAGAAAAUUCUUGGAAUUGUUUUUAAUCUUAUCUCAAUUUUUUUUUUUGAGUGCCAAUUUCCAAGAUGAGUUUUUGCUGGUUUUUUUUUUCGUGUUUUUUGUUUUUACUCCUUAUGCUAACACAUAGCUGCUUUUAUUAACACAACCCUGAAAAAAACAGACAUUUUGUUUUUCCCUGAUCAAUAAAUAUUCAGGGAACUUCUAGAUAUGAGUCAGUAAUGUCAUCCAUAGCACUGAAACUAGUUAGAGUGAUAGACCUAGAAUCAGCAAAACUUGAAUUCAAAUCCUUUCUUAGAUACAUUUUAGCUGUAUGAUCUUAGGCAAGUCACUUAACCUCUUGUUUUCUUAUCUCCCUCUUUCAUCUCCUAUGUAACAGAACCUUCAACUCCCUUUCACAGAGGCUGUCAGUUAACUGACUUACUGAGAAAUGUUUCUGCUCCUCUUAAAGGGACAGAGGGAGAGAUUAAGAAACUCUUCUAACACUCAGUUUCCUCAAAUGGGGAUAAAACUUGUGCCUACCUCACAGGGGUGUUGCGAGGAUGAAGUGAGAUAAAAUAAUGUACAGGGCUUUGCAAAUUUAAAGUGCUAAUAAAUGCUAGCAUUGUUUUAGAAUGAUGACUCAGACAUCAUUGUGGGUCUCAGUCAUGUCCUUACCAAAGCAACAGGAACUCCAACACAGAAUUAUUCAUUGAAUCAGGAAGACUCCUUUUUUUAAAUUCUAAUCCCCCUCAUUUUACAAGUUAGGAAAUUGAGGCACAGAAGAAUUAAAUGGCUUGACCCAGGUAACACAGAUAGUAAAUAGCAAGGCUGAGAAUUUGAAGCAAUUCCUCAGACUCCAGAAUGUGCCCUCUUUCCACACAAAAAGACGUUUUUACUUAGAAGCUAUUCCACCCACAAUCUAGCCCAACCUGACCCAGACUUCAUGUGGAGAAGAUGCACUGUAUAUGUUUUGUUUUAUAAAUAAGGCAAAGGAAAAAAAAACAAGGGUUGUGUGGGCUUCUAGUUGUCUUUUCUUUUUCAGCUACUCUUCACAGGAAAUGAAACUUUGUUCUUUUCCUUUUCUUCUAAAGUUUUGUAUAUUUGCCUGCUCUAAGAAUGUAUUCAGAUAGUCUUGAAUGAAAAAUCCUGUAAUUUGGAAACAGAAGACUCAUGCCCUGAGAUGAUUUUUGUGCCGGGAUUCUGAAGAGAUGGGAGCAGUGUCAAUUUUUAGGUGCUAAGUUAUAGCUGCUGCUGCAAUUCCCUGAGAUUUUGUCUGGGGAUACUCCUUGAUGGAAGCUUUAUCAUUAAAAAAGAAAAGACAUAU